GCUGAUCCGCUGCCCCCUCCACCCCUGUGGUCCAGAUCCUCAGUAGCCCUGCAUCCGGGGGACAGGCACAGGCCGGCCUGGCCUUGUGGUGCAGAGCUGCCAGAGGCCACGGUGGGGGGCAUCAGCCACGUGCUUUCCCCCAGGGAUCCUCAGCCUCUGGGUAGAUAGAACUGCACAGUGUGGACAGGGUUCCCUCAGACCCGUGGGGCUGAGGAGAUGCAGUGUAGGCAGGGUUCCCUGUGACCCGGGGGUGCUGAGUGGAGGUGACUGCAGUGUGGACAGGGUUCCCUGUGACCCAGGGGGACUGAGUGGAGGUGACUGCAGUGUGGACAGGGUUCCCUGUGACCCAGGGGGACUGAGUGGAGGUGACUGCAGUGUGGACAGGGUUCCCUGUGACCCAGGGGGACUGAGUGGAGGUGACUGCAGUGUGGACAGGGUUCCCUGUGACCCGGGGGUGCUGAGUGGAGGUGACUGCAGUGUGGACAGGGUUCCCUCUGACCCGGGGAGGGGGGACUGAGUGGAGGUGACUGCAGUGUGGACAGGGUUCCCUCUGACCCAGGGGGACUGAGUGGAGGUGACUGCAGUGUGGACAGGGUUCCCUGUGACCCAGGGGGACUGAGUGGAGGCGACUGCAGUGUGGACAGGGUUUCCUGUGACCCAUGGGGGCUGAGUGGAUGUGACUGCAGUGUGGACAGGGUUCCCUCUGCCCCAGGGGUGCUGAGUGGAGGUGACUGCAGUGUGGACAGCGUUCCCUGUGACCUGGGGGGACUGAGUGGAGGUGACUGCAGUGUGGACAGGGUUCCCUCUGCCCCGGGGGGGAAGUGCUGAGUGGAGGUGACCGCAUGAGGACUUGGUGCCUCUGGCCUGCGGGGACGAUGCGGCGGGAAGAGGACUGUCCAGGCCUCGCUCCUGCAGUCCUGCAGUACCCAGCAGUGGUGCUCUGCUGGGCGUUUUCCGCGUGCGGUCGUAUUCGGUCAUUACAGCAGACCCAGUGUGUUUCUUGGGACUCUGACACUUGAAGAAGCUUCCUCUCUGCCCGGGGCCACACUUCCAGGUGCAGGUGGCGCAGUCUGUCUGGAGCAGGAGGGGCCUCUGCAGCCCCUGCCCCUUGACCUCGUCCGUCUUUCCCAGGAAGCCCUGCCUGUGCACCCUGCAGUACCCUGUUGGCGCUGCUCCCCGGAAGGCUCCGGCUCGUUCCGGUCUGGCACCUGCGUGUGGCGUCAGAUGCCUCAGGUUUGAGAAACAGCCCUUGGGGCUCUUUUCAGGGAGCCGCAGCUUAGGGACACGUGAGGAGGGCAGCUAGGCUCGGACGAGCCGGCCCAGAGCAGUGCUGGUUCUGUUCUCCACCCGUCAGGGGCUUAGAGCAUCCUGAAUUCUACAGCAGGACUGGCCUCACGAGUGCGGUUGUAUGUUCUUUAAAAUAAUUAUUUGAAACAGAGAAAGGGAGGGAGGGACAGAGGGAGCUCACGCGUGCUGUCAUCCAGUGGUUCAUCCCCCCAGUGCGCACAACAGCUGGAGCUAGACCGAGGCCGGAACCAGGAGCCAGUGAUCAGUAUCCCACGUGGGUAGGGCAGGGAACCAACCAAGCCGCCACCCGCUGCCUCCCAGGGUCUGCGUUAGCAGGAAGCGAGAAUCAGGAGCCUGAGUCGGGAUUUCAACACAGGUGCUCAGUAGCAGAGUGGUAUCUCUUUAAAAUAUAUAUUUAUUGGGACUAGUGUUGUGCAUAGCAGGUUAAGCCACCGCCUGCAACACCAGCAUCCCGUUUGGGUGCUGGUUCGAGUCCUGGCUGCUCCACUUCCUGCCCAGUUCCCUGCUGAUGGCCUCGGAAAAUAACAGAAGAUGGUCCACGUGUUUGGGUCCCUGCCACUCAUGUGAGAGAGCUGGGUGGACCCCCAGCUCCUGGUUGCAGCCUGGCUCAGCCCUGGCCAUUGCGGCCAUCUGGGAGUGAACCAGCACAUGGAAGACCUCUUUGUCUCUCUUUAACUAUUUCACAUAAAAUAAAUAAAUCUUUAAAGUUAUUUAUUUGUUUGAAAGCGAAAGAGGUGCCGGCGCCGCGGCUCACUAGGCUAAUCCUCCGCCUAGCGGUGCCGGCACACUGGGUUCUAGUCCCGGUCGGGGCACCGGAUUCUGUCCCGGUUGCCCCUCUUCCAGGCCAGCUCUCUGCUGUGGCCAGGGAGUGCAGUGGAGGAUGGCCCAGGUGCUUGGGCCCUGCACCCCAUGGGAGACCAGGAAAAGCACCUGGCUCCUGCCAUCGGAUCAGCGCAGUGCGCUGGCCGCGGCGGCCAUUGGAGGGUGAACCAACAACAAAGGAAGACCUUUCUCUCUGUCUCUCUCUCUCUCACUGUCCACUCUGCCUGUCAAAAAAUUAAAAAAAAAAAAAAUUAAAUUAAAAAAAAAAAAAAAGAAAGCAAAAGAGACAGAUCUCCCAUCUGGUUCGUUCCCCAGUGCCCGUGACAGCUGGGACUGGGCAGGUUCAGAACUCCAGCCCAGUCUGCCGCAUGGGUGGCAGUCACCUCACUGCCUGAGCCAACACCUGUGGCCUCCCAAAGUGCCCACUAGCAGGACAGGAGCUGGGACUCGACCGGGCACUGCUGUAUUGAGUCAGGGGUCCCAGGCAGCGUCUUGACUGCUGUGCCAGACACCCCCUCCAGGGUCUCCCUGCCUUUUCAGCCCUCUCUGUUUAUUGCCUAACUCCGCACCUGGUGCCUAGUAAAUGCCUAAGAAUUGGCCGUUUCUAAUUUUCCAUUGUUAGAAUUAACACAAGGAUGAGAAUCUUUGUAAUGCAGCUUUUUCUUUCUUUUUUCUUUUUAAAAAGAUUUUUAUUUAUUUAUUUGAGAGGUAGAGUAAGACAGUGAGAGGAAGAGGCAGAGAGAAAGGCCUUCCUUCCGUUGGUUCACUCCCCAGAUGGCCGCAACGGAGCCAGGAGCUUCUUCCCGAUCUCCCAUGAGGGUGCAGGGGCCCAAGCACUUGGGCCAUCUUCUGUUGCUUUCCCAGGCCACAGCAGAGAGCUGGAUGGGAAGAGGAGCAGCCGGGACUAGAACCGGCGCCCCCAUGCUGGCCUGCGGGCGGAGGAGUAGCCUGCUGCGGCCUGGCACCGGCCCCUGUGAUGCAGCCUUUUCUAAAGCAGUGAGUGACUCAGGGCUGAUGGUCCAGCCAGCAGGUCAAGGCACCACUGAUGACGGGACUGCCACUGCUGCCCUGCUUCCCGUCAGCCCCCUGCUCACGGCCUGGGGAAGGCAGCCCACGACUGCCCAAGUGCUCGGGCUCCUUCUGUCCCCGUGGGAGACCCGGAUGGAGCUCUGGGCUUCUGGCUUCAGCCUGGUUUAGACCUGGCUGUUGCAGCCAUUUGGGGAAGGAAUCAGCAGGUGGAAACUCUCUCUCCCUCUUUGUUUCUCUCCCUGUCUCUCUUGUUUUGCCUUUGAAACAAACAUAGAUGUUUAAAAUAAAUUAACCAAUCUUUUUCACCACAUCCCAGUUUCCAGGACUGCGGUAGCUUGGCGUCGUUUUCCUUGUGGGUAGCAGUGCUGACCGGGGCGGGCGCUGGGUGUAGCUGGGGACACCUGGCUGCACGUUGGAGAGCGUGGCUUUGAGUCCCUCCCCCAUGCCUGCCCCAGCUUCCUCCUGAUGUGCAACCGAGGAGGCUUCAGAUGGUGGCUCGAGGACUUGAGUCCCUGCCGCCCAGGUGGGGGACCUGGAUGGAGUUCCAAGCUGGCUUUGGCCUGAACCCAGCCAUGAGUGCUGUGGGCCUUGGCCGAGAGAACGAGCAGGCCUUCAGAGGGGCUGCUUCUGCCUCUCCGCGUGGAAAUCCAGGAAGUCUUACACGUUCAGGUUCUGUAGGAGACCCAGGAUGCCGGCGCCUGCUCAGGCUCCAGAGGAGGAAACAGGCCCCGAACCCCCUGCUUCCCAGCCCGCGGCCCACUGUGCUCUCUGCCCGCAGAGGAAGCUCCUAGGUCGCCGUUGCCUGUCUGGGAAGGGCCGUCACGUUUCCGUGCCCUGCCCGGACACCUGCCCCAGGGGGCUGCGCUCCAAAAGGACCCAGCCUUGGGACCCAUUCUCAGCAGCACGUGGCCCCGGCCUGGGCUCGCAGAGGCGUGGAGGGCCUGACUUCUCCUUCGAGCUGCUGCCUGAGGCUCGGGUGAUUCGGGCGACCGUUCCGCCAGGCCCCGAGGUCCAUCUGCGUCUUUGUCAUCAGUGGGCACUGGAAUGUGAAGAGCCGAGCAGCCCCUUCGAUGCCCAGAAAAUCGUGUCUGGGGGCCACACUGCUGACCUGCCGUACGAAUUCCUCCUGCCCUGCCUGUGCAUAGAGGCAUUCCACCUGCAAGAGGACACCGUGAGGCGCAAGAAGUGUCCCUUCCAGAGCUGGCCCGAAGCCUAUGGCUCAGACUUCUGGAAGUCGGUACACUUCAGCGACUAUAGCCAGCGCGAUCAGAUGGCCAUGGCCCUGACCCUCCGCUGUCCGCUGAGGCUGGAGGCCUCCCUGUGUCAGAAGCAAGAGGGGCACACCCUCUGCGAGGACGUCCCCAAUGCCACAGCUCGAGAGUCAGAGGGGGUGAGGACAGACCUUCCCUGCCCCUCCCCCACAAGGGCCGGUGGUGGGCAGGACCGGGGCCCAGGGCCUUCUGCCUGCCUGCCUGCUCUCUCCCCACAGUGGUAUAUUUUGGACAAGGUGGACUUACACCCUCAGCUCUGCUUCAAGUUCUCCGUGGGAAACAGCAGCCAUGUGGAAUGUCCCCACCAGACUGCAGGGGCUUGCACAUCCUGGAACGUGAGCAUGGAUACCCGGGCCCGGCAGCUGAUCCUUCACUUCUCCUCGACGGUGCAGGCCACCUUCAGUGCUGCCUGGAGCCACCCAGGCUUGGGGCACGACCCCUUGACAUCCCCCGUGUACAGUGUCAGCCAGACCCAGGGCUCAGGCCCAGUGACACUGGACCUCGUUAUUCCCUUCCUGAGGCCGGGGGGCUGUGUCCUGGUAUGGAGGUCAGAUGUCCAGUUUGCCUCGAAGCGCCUCUUGUGUCCAGAUGUCUCUCACAGACGCCUGGGGCUCUUGAUCCUGGCUCUGCUGGCCCUCGCCACCCUACUGGGCGUGGUCCUGGUCCUCACCUGCUGCCACCCACUGUCAGGCCCAGGCCCAGCACGGCCGGUGCUGCUCCUGCACGUGGCGGAGUCCCAGGAGCAGCGGCGCCUCGUGGGAGCGCUGGCUGAACUGCUGCGGACGGCGCUGGGCGGCGGCCGGGAUGUGAUCGUGGACUUGUGGGAGGGGACGCGCGUGGCGCACGUGGGCCCUCUGCCGUGGCUGUGGGCAGCGCAAGCGCGCGUGCUGCGGGAGCGGGGCACGGUGCUGCUGCUGUGGGGCCCUGCCGGCGGCUCCGACCCCUGCACCGCGCCCCUGCACGCCCUGCUCGGCGCCGCGCCCCGCCCGCUGCUGCUGCUCGCGUACUUCAGCCGCCUCUGCGCCAAGGGCGACAUCCCUCGGCCGCUGCGCGUGCUGCCGCGCUACCGCCUGUUGCGCGACCUGCCGCGCCUGCUGCGGGCUCUGGGCGCGCGCCCCGGUACCGGUACCGUAGCCGCGGGCCCGGACUGCCUCGGAGCUCGGCAGGGCUUGCGGGGCCGCCUGGAACUUUGCCGCCGGCUGGAACGCGAGGCUGCCACGGUUGCCGGCCACGUCUGACAGCUCCACUCCUGUCCGGAGGCGGGCGGUGCGGGGGACGGGUGCGGGCCAGAACCUCCUUGGGCCCUGGAACCUCUGGGGUGCUACCUCAGGACUACCUGCGGAAAAGCCUUUAUCUGCCUCGCGGGCAGGCAUCCCAGCCUGUCCUCCACAGCCUGGCAGUCACCGUCCCUAGGGAGAGGCCGGCCCUUUACUGAGAGCCCCGGCGGACCCUCGUCCUCUCUCCUAGCCCCUAGGGAGUGCGAGCCGCAAAUGCUGUAGGCUCUGAGUGGGGAGGGAGCUCUGGUCCCAGAAGAGGCUCAGCCCUGGGUGGCCAGGAGACCCAGAGAAAAAUAAACACGGACAUGACAAGCCGAGCUACACCA